GUCCAAAUUCCCAGGACGUUAAACGCGCCGGAACACUCGCAGACUCUCCCGGUGGUGGCCCAUGCUGACCGUGUUGCGAGCCCGAGGCCGCGCCCUGGCCGCCGCGCGACCGUCUCGCCCGUCACGCUCGUCUCCGGCGGCACUGGUGACCUCACAGUCGUGGCUGCAGUCUGCUGGCGUGCAGCGCGCAGUCCUCUCAACGUCUCCGUUCUCGUCCCCGACUGGUCAGAAUUCUGAGUUUCCAGCAUCUGAAUUUGACGGGAGGAGUCGACUGUGGGCUGGACUUGCGCUGGCAGCAGCGGCCAUGACGUUCGUAGUGUCGGAGACAGCCGCAGACGCGAAGGAGCCGGCGGAGGAGAAGGAGGACCCCAAGGAGAUCGCCAAGCAUAUCAAUGAGCAAAAGGAGGAGGUUAAAGCUGCUGCCAAGCAGAACGAGACCAAGAAACGCACUUUACGGAAGAGGAAGACCAGUGUGCGAGACGGCAACAUGGUCGUAAGCACAGCUGCCGUGCGAGGAGACCGCGCCUACAUGGAAGACACGUCGUAUGUCUCUUCCUGUAAGCGGUUUGCUGCCGUGUACGACGGCCACGGAGGCUCUGCUGUAUCACAGUAUCUUCGCAAUCAGCUCUUCUCGAUGAUCUCACCGGAAUUGGCUCAACUGGACCAGCAGAUUCUAGCGGAGAAUAAAGAAGCGAACAAUGUAGCAGCGAAGUCGAGUCGGCGUCAGAAGGUGGAGGCUGUGCUGCGAGACGCAGUGCGCAAACUGGACCAGGAGGUGAUUGCCAAGAACGAGUGGAAGUUCCAAGGUUCUACAGCGGUGGGAGUGCUUUUAUUCGAUGAUGUACUGUAUUCUCUGAAUGUGGGAGACAGUCGUGCAGUGCUGUGUCGAGGUGGAAAUACCGUCGAACUUACACGAGAUCACAAGCCGAACGACCCACAGGAACGCGCAAGGAUCGAGUCAUUGGGUGGUCGAGUGCAGUGGUACGGCUAUGUGGAUGCUCAAGGCGAUCCAAUCGAACCAUAUGGGGCGUACCGAGUUAAUGGAAAUUUAGCAGUCGCGAGAGCUAUUGGAGACCGUGACUCACGGCCGUUUGUGAUCGGAGAGGCCGAGAUCCGACAAUAUGACAUUGAGUACGACAAGGACGAGUUUAUUGUGAUCGCGUCGGACGGACUCUGGGAUGUGUUUACUAGCAGCGAAGUGGUCGAGUUUGUGCAAGAUGUUAUGAGCGGCGAAGUCGGAGGACGUGAGGCCUGGAGCAGCGGAGGUCAUAGCGACACCCGUGUGCCUAUUUUCGAGUGGUCACAGCAGUAUACUAGCGAUCGAUCGAUGAUCAAAGCGGCACGUAGGCGACGGAAGGUGCAGAUCGCCAAUUAUUUGGUACAGGAGGCGCUUUUUCGCGGCACAUCGGACAACGUGUCCGUCGUGGUGGUGUGGCUGCGCUGACACUGCUCUCAACAAUAGGUCUCAGUUGCUGUCCGUGCUUCGAGCCACGCCAUGAGAUGACGGCGAGCUCGUGACACGGCAGCGAAAAUAUUCGUGCGUGACGUAAGCUAUCUUGAACCUGUAUUCUGAUGGAAAUUCAAACACUUUAUUUUUUUCUAAUGCAAAACUUGACUUGGUUGAAUGUAAAAUUGAAG